AUGGAUGACAAACAGAAAAAAAGACCAGCGGUUGUCAAUGGAGACGGAGGUAUAGAUGGGGUCCUGGCCACUGCAAUCAGGAAUGGAGAGGAUCUGUGUCCCAUCGUCAGACAUGCAUUCGAAGUGGGGAAGCCUGAAGUCCUCGUGAAUCAGCUCAGGAGCAUUGUGAAGAAAAAGGAAGUUGAGAUAGAAGAACUGUGCAAAGUUCACUACGAGGAGUUCAUUCUUGCUGUUGAUGAGCUUCGUGGUGUGUUAUUAGAUGCCGAUGAACUAAAAAAUGCUCUCUCCGGUGAGAAUUCCCAACUCCAAGAUGUUGCGAGUUCUCUUCUCUCGAAGCUCGAGGAGCUUCUUGCUAUAUACUCGAUCAAUAAGAACGUUGCAGAGGCCAUACAAAUGUUAAAGUUCUGUGGCCAAGUCUUGAAUCUGUGUUCAAAGUGUAACACGUAUAUUGCAGAGGCCAACUUCCACCCACUGGUCAAGACACUCCGAGUUAUUGAGAGGGACUACAUGCAAAAGAUAUCCAUCAGGGUCUUGCAGAGAGCGAUUGAGAAACGAAUACCAGCUAUUAGGUCCUACAUUGAGAAGAAAGCCUGCAGUGACUUCAAUGACUGGCUAGUCCAUAUACGCCAGAGCGCAAAGGAGAUUGGGCAAUUGGCCAUUGGACAAACUGCAUCAGCACGCCAGAGGGAUGCGGAGCUGAGAACGCAGCAACGGGAAGCUGAGGAACAGGGCCGUCUUGGAGCUGGAGAUUGUGCUUAUGCAUUGAAUGUGGAACAGAUGGAGGAAGGGUCUUUUAUAAAGUUUGAUCUCUUGCCUGUGUAUCGGGCACAUCAUAUUUACACUUGCCUCGGCAUUCAGGACCGUUUCCAAAAAUACUACUUUGAGAACCGGCUGCUGCAGCUGAAUUUGGACCUGGAGAUCUCCUCCUCGCAGCCAUUUCUUGAGUCUCAUCAGGGCUUCUUUUCUCAGAUUGCAGGGUACUUCAUUGUGGAGGAUGGGGUCCUGAGAACUGCUGGCAGGUUGUUGUCACACAGCCAGUUGGAGACGAUAUGGGAUACGGCCAUGGCCAAGAUGACUUCACUUUUGGAGGAGCAGUUCUCUGGCUUGGAGAUAGCAAGCCACUUCCUCCUGAUCAAAGACUACGUAACCCUUCUUGGUGCUACUCUCAAGCGAUAUGGGUACCAAGUAGCACCUUUACUUGAUGUUCUUGAUAACUGUAGAGACAGGUACCAUGAGCUCCUCAUCAAUGAGUUCCGAAAGCAGAUAAGUGAUGUGCUGGAAAAUGACACGUAUGAACAGAUGGUUAUAAGGAAGGAAUACGAGUACAAUAUGAAUGUGUUAUCUUUCAAUCUUCAGACGUCUGAUAUAAUGCCGGCCUUCCCAUAUAUUGCUCCUUUUUCCUCCUCUGUUCCUCAUGUUUGUCGCAUAGUCCGUUCUUUCAUUGAAGACUCUGUUAAUUACUUAUCUUACAGUAGCCAUGUUAAUCUCUACGACGUUGUGAAGAGGUAUCUUGACAAAUUCUUGAAUGAUGUUCUGAACGAGGCUCUCCUGAAGAUAAUCCACAAUGGCACAUUAGGCGUGUCCCCAGCAAUGCAGAUUACGGCUAAUAUAGCUGUUCUUGAGCAUGCUUGUGAACACUUCCUGCGACAGGCAGCCCAGCUUUGUGGAAUACCUGUGCGUCUGGUCGAGAGGCCUCAUGGUGGUUUGACUGCCCGAGCUUUGCUGAGGGCCACGCAGAAUGCUGCAUAUAUUGAAUUAUCUAACCUUGUGAGCUCAAAGAUAGAUGAGUUUAUGGAUCUUGUUAACAACAUCAAUUGGACCGCUGAGGAUCCUCCUCAGAUGGGAAAUGAGUAUAUCAAUGUGGUAUGCAUCUACCUCGACACUCUGAUCUCCACAGCCCAGCUGAUCUUUCCUCUGGAUGCCCUGCACAAGAUUGCGAGCGGGGCACUUGAACAUAUCUCCGACUCUAUAGUGACAGCUUUUCUUUGUGAGAAUGUGAAAAGGUUCAAUCUUAAUGCUGUCAUGUGCAUCGACAACGAUCUGAAGGCUCUGGAGACAUUUGCAGAGGAUAAGUUCCGGAGCACUGGCUUGAACAACGCUGAGAAAGAAUGCAACUUAAGGGACUGUUUAACUGAAGCCCGGCAGCUGGUCAAUCUUUUACUGAGCAAUCAACCCGAGAAUUUUAUGAACCCUGUGAUUAGGGAGAAAAGCUAUGGUGCACUGGAUUACAAGAAAGUUGCAAGCAUUUGUGAGAAGUUCAAGGAUUCACCAGACAGGCUCUUCGGGAGUCUUUCCUCUCGGAACUCGAAACAGAGCGCCCGGAAGAAGUCAAUGGACGCGCUGAAAAGAAGGCUUAAAGAUUUCAGCUGA